UAAAAAUGAAUAAAUAUCCGUCGAUUCCGCGUCGCCCCUCUUCCUCCUCGCUGGCGCCUUUGCCCCAACUGGAGUCAUGCCUCCCUACAACUGGUAGAGAAUGCUCUUCUCUACCUCCUGACGUCAAACCAAUCGCCUUCACCUUGACCAAUUGCACCCUUCAAGGUCAUGGGCAAGUUCCCGACGUCCUGAGUUGGGGUCUUCAGGUCACUCUAGGUUCGACCGCUCCAGGUUCACUCCCACAGGAAAUGUGCCUUAUGACCUCCACGUUUACGAACAAUACCUUCAUUCCGACGGUCAAGGCCUGCUCCACCGAUAAUACGACCCAAUUCGCGACCUGCGCUACCCGUCGCGGUGGUCUUUUUGACUCGUCCGGAUCGAGUCUUACUGCCAUCUCCUCAGCGAGCGACUUACCUCCAGACGUCAACUGGGCGGCGAUAGACCCAGGAAAUAGCGUCACGGAGAAAGGAACCAUACCUCUUCAGUUGCCUUCCGAAAUUUCCUUACCUCAAUUUCCGUUUAAAACCAUCGAAGGUGGUCAAAACCAUAAUACUGGUCACCUCGGCCUUGGCCGAAGCUCUCCGCUCCUCCAGCAACUCUCCGACGAGAAAGGGAUUGUGGCUGGAUUUGGGCUUGAUGCUGGUAGUCAGUCACAGUCACCACCUCGCGACGGACAUCUUAUCCUCGGUGGCUAUGAUAGACAAAAAGUUGGUUCAAGUGUAAAGGAUUACAACGUUACUCAUAGUCAAACGAGUGGGCGUAUAUGCUCUCUCCAAGUGACUAUUACCGAGCUCGUUUUACAAAGACCUGGCCUCGAGGAUACCGUCCUGAUCUCCAGAGGACAACAAAUGGAAGCCUGCAUUGAACCUUAUGAUACUCUUUUCCGCUUCCCACAAACAACAUUGAAUGCUUUUGCAGAGGCGACCAACUUUGUCAAUGGCUCCCUUCCUGAUCCGUCACAGUUCUACAUCGUAGAACCUGGUCUCACAUAUCCAUCUUCUCCCGCCUUCAACGGCUCUCUCAAGAUUACGCUUGACUACGACUUUGUAGUCGAAAUCCCAACCGAAGAACUCGCUCAUCCUCUACGCGGUAUCUCGCCAACUGGUGAAAGGGUCACAAUGUCCAAUACAACCGAGCUCAAUAUCUUUCGCCAAGUCGCACUCUUGGAUACUGCCGUUCUAGGGAAAGCAUUCUUGAGCAGGGUAUACCUAAUGGUACAAUACCGUAGCACUGGAGCAGUUUUUCGUCUAGCAAAGAGCAAUCAAGGCGAGCUUCCUAUCUAUCCUGUUGCAUUUGACCCCGAUUGUACCAACUCCAAACGAAAGCUUAGCAAGGGGGCCAUUGCUGGUAUCGUCAUUGGUUCCCUUGUAGGGGCCGUACUCAUUGCACUUCUUGUGCGGCUGUUGUAUAGAAGGGCAAACCGACUACCACAACAAGGGCCAGCAUGGAAUAAGCAGUAG